AUGUCUCAGCCCUAUGCACUCCAGAACGUGUGGAGGACGAACGACUUCAGCUUCUUCAAGUCACUGCAGGCUCAUGCGCUCAUUGAAGGUAGUGGUCAUGUCGCCCUUCUCUACUCCUCGCUCUGCGAUAACGCCGACUCGGUUAUAUCGACACUCGAUAACCUCAAUGCCGGCAUCGCCUACGUCCAUCAAGAUGCGUUCAAAGCUGUGUAUGAUGCUGCCAAAGCUGCCAUUAACAACACCAACCAAUCGACCCACGAUCGGCGGUCAUUGCUUCUCGUGGACAUCUGCCAACAACGUGACAUGGCGGACCACGCCAUUGAAAAGACGACAAACUCGGCUGUCAACCUAAUCCAGGCCCAGCCAGCCGAAUUUCAAGAUGCUGUGGCAAACGCUUGGAUUACUGGGACAAAAAUCAUCGCCGACGCCGUCAGUGUCUGCCUGGCCGAAAUGAAGCAGCUUGAAGAAGGAUUUGAUGAUUUCAUUCGGCUGGAGUAUUCUUGGAACUGUAUCCAGUCUUCUAUCGAUUCGGCCAUCUCCGCUCUCCGGGGGAUUUUCAGCCCAAUGGCUACACCGAACAAUAACAAUAAUGUGCCCCAACCCACACCCGAUAGACAGCUCAGUGUCUCCUCGAUCAGCUCAGAUCAUCCUGGCGCUGCGAGCAACCGAAGCCGAAACUCGUCUACGGCUUCUGCUUCCAGCUUCAUCAAGAAAGCUCUAAGCCACGGGCAGCAUUAUCCGUCACCAACGGUAAAGUCGACCCGGACUGGCUCGGUCUCCCUUUCGUCUCCACAACCAGAAGCGAACGCGAGAGGCUUCCGCGCAAGUAUGAGUGCAGCCUGUCCUACAAGGAUGUCAAACUUUGAUGACCACCCUCAUACGAUAUUGACUACCAUCCCACCCACACCUGCAGUAGUCGAGAUUGGCAGCAGUAAUAGCGACGGACUGCUCAGCCCAUUUAAGCACGACGCAGAUUACUUUACCUUUGACAUGAGCAGUAAUAAGGGAAAGAAUAACGAAGAGGAAGCAUCUAACGAUAACUUGAUGCAUCUGUAA